AACAGGUCUUCGUGGCUGAUUGGAAUUCCUCGUUCAAGCUUGAAUAUUCUGUGGGGCUUGAGGAGAUGGAAGGAGCUCCGGCUGAGAAGUUGGCUCUGUUUCUGGGUCCAUUCUUCUUUAGGCGCUACACAAGGGUCUGGAUUCCCGACCCUGAUGAAGUGUGGCGCUCGGCUGAAUUAACCAAGGACUACAAGGAGGGGGACCAGAGCCUCCAGCUCAGACUGGAAGAUGAAACUAUUCGAGAAUACCCCAUUGAUGUCCAAAGCAACCAGCUGCCCUUCUUACGGAAUCCAGAUAUCUUGGUGGGCGAAAAUGACCUAACUGCUCUCAGCUAUCUACAUGAGCCUGCAGUUUUGCACAAUUUAAAGGUCCGUUUCCUGGAGUCCAACCAUAUCUACACUUACUGUGGUAUUGUGCUCGUUGCCAUUAAUCCUUAUGAACAGCUGCCAAUCUAUGGACAAGAUGUCAUCUAUGCCUACAGCGGCCAAAACAUGGGGGAUAUGGACCCCCACAUCUUUGCUGUGGCAGAAGAAGCCUACAAGCAGAUGGCCAGAGACGAGAAGAACCAGUCCAUCAUAGUCAGCGGGGAGUCUGGAGCCGGCAAGACCGUGUCAGCCAAAUAUGCCAUGCGCUAUUUCGCCACAGUUGGUGGCUCAGCCAGUGACACCAACAUCGAAGAGAAGGUCCUGGCGUCCAGUCCCAUCAUGGAGGCCAUCGGAAAUGCCAAAACCACUCGCAAUGACAACAGCAGCCGCUUUGGAAAGUAUAUUCAGAUAGGCUUCGACAAGAGGUACCACAUCAUUGGAGCCAACAUGAGGACCUACCUGCUGGAGAAGUCCAGAGUGGUCUUUCAGGCGGAUGACGAGAGGAAUUACCACAUCUUCUACCAGCUCUGCGCUGCUGCCAAUCUCCCGGAAUUUAAAGAGCUUGCACUUACGUGCGCGGAGGACUUUUUCUACACGUCCCAGGGAGGAGACACAUCCAUCGAGGGCGUGGAUGAUGCAGAGGACUUUGAGAAGACUCGACAAGCCUUCACACUCCUUGGAGUGAGAGAGUCCCAUCAGAUAAGCAUUUUUAAGAUAAUUGCUUCUAUCCUGCACCUUGGAAAUGUGGAGAUUCGGGCUGAGCGCGAUGGUGAUUCCUGUAGUAUAUCACCCCAGGAUAAACAUCUCAACAACUUCUGCCAAUUGCUGGGGGUGGAGCACAGUCAGAUGGAGCACUGGCUGUGCCAUCGCAAGCUGAUCACCACCUCGGAGACCUACGUCAAGACCAUGUCCCUGCAGCAGGUGGUCAACGCACGCAAUGCCCUGGCCAAGCACAUCUACGCACAGCUGUUCUGCUGGAUCGUAGAGCACGUCAACAAGGCCCUGCACACCUCCCUCAAGCAGCACUCCUUCAUCGGCGUCCUGGACAUCUAUGGGUUUGAGACAUUUGAGGUAAACAGCUUUGAGCAGUUUUGUAUCAACUACGCGAAUGAGAAACUCCAGCAGCAGUUCAACUCGCAUGUCUUCAAACUGGAGCAAGAAGAAUACAUGAAGGAGCAGAUCCCUUGGACCUUGAUUGAUUUCUAUGAUAACCAACCUUGUAUCGAUCUCAUUGAAGCUAAGCUGGGCAUCCUAGACCUGCUGGAUGAAGAAUGUAAGGUCCCUAAAGGCACUGACCAGAACUGGGCUCAGAAGCUGUAUGACCGGCACUCCGGCAGCCAGCACUUCCAGAAACCCCGCAUGUCCAACACGGCCUUCAUUGUGGUGCACUUCGCCGACAAGGUGGAGUACCUUUCAGAUGGUUUCCUGGAGAAAAACAGAGACACGGUAUAUGAGGAGCAGAUCAACAUCCUGAAGGCCAGCAAGUUCCCACUAGUGGCUGACUUGUUUCAUGAUGACAAGGACUCUGUUCCUGCCUCCACCACAUCUGCAAAGGGCUCAUCAUCAAAGAUCAAUGUUCGCUCUGCCAGACCCCAACUGAAAGCCUGCAACAAGGAGCACAAGAAAACCGUGGGCCACCAGUUCCGCACCUCCCUACACCUGCUCAUGGAGACGCUGAAUGCCACCACGCCACACUAUGUCCGAUGUAUCAAGCCCAACGACGAGAAACUCCCCUUCCACUUUGACCCGAAGAGAGCAGUGCAGCAGCUCCGAGCGUGCGGGGUGUUGGAGACGAUCCGAAUCAGCGCAGCCGGCUACCCUUCCAGGUGGGCCUACCAUGAUUUCUUCAACCGGUAUCGGAUGCUGAUGAAGAAUAGAGAGCUCACCAGCGGAGACAAAAAGGCCAUCUGCAGGUCUGUCCUGGAGAACCUCAUCAAGGACCCUGACAAGUUCCAGUUUGGCCGCACCAAGAUCUUCUUCCGGGCAGGCCAGGUAGCCUACCUGGAGAAGCUUCGGGCUGACAAGUUCCGGGCAGCCACCAUCAUGAUCCAGAAAACUGUCCGGGGCUGGCUGCAGAAGGUGAAAUACCGCAGGUUGAAGGGGGCUACCUUAACCCUGCAGAGGUACUGCCGAGGACACCUGGCCCGCAGGCUGGCCGAGCAUCUGCGGAGGACCCGAGCGGCCGUGGUGUUCCAGAAGCAGUACCGCAUGCGGAGGGCCCGCCUGACCUACCAGAGGGUCCGCAGGGCUGCCAUUGUCCUCCAGGCCUUCGCUCGGGGCAUGUUUGUGCGGAGAAACUACCACCAGGUCCUGCGGGAGCACAAGGCCACCAUCAUCCAGAAGCACGUGCGGGGCUGGACGGCACGCAGGCACUUUCAGCGGCUGCGGGGCGCAGCCAUCGUCAUCCAGUGCUCCUUCCGGAGGCUCAAGGCCAAGCAGGAGCUGAAGGCGCUCAGGAUCGAGGCCCGCUCAGCACAGCACCUGAAACGCCUGAACGUGGGCAUGGAGAACAAGGUGGUCCAGCUGCAGCGGAAGAUCGACGACCAGAACAAAGAGUUCAAGACACUGUCGGAGCAGCUGUCUGCGGUCACCUCUGCACAUGCCAUGGAGGUGGAGAAGCUGAAGAAGGAGCUGGCCCACUACCAGCAGAGCCAAGGUGAGGACAGUGGCCUGAAGCUGCAGGAGGAAGUUGAGAGCCUGCGGACCGAGCUGCAAAAGGCCCACUCAGAGCGCAAGAUCCUGGAGGACGCCCACAGCAGGGAGAACGAUGAGCUGAGAAAGCGAGUUGCAGACCUGGAGCAAGAAAAUGCUCUCUUGAAAGAUGAGAAAGAACAGCUUAACCACCAAAUCCUGUGCCAGUCGAAAGAUGACUUUGCCCAGAGCUCCGUCAAAGAGAACCUCCUGAUGAAGAAAGAGCUGGAGGAGGAGCGCUCCCGCUACCAGAACCUCGUGAAGGAGUAUUCACGGUUGGAGCAGAGAUACGACAACCUCCGGGAUGAGAUGACCAUCAUAAAGCAAACCCCAGGCCACAGACGGAACCCGUCAAACCAAAGUAGCUUAGAAUCUGACUCCAAUUACCCCUCCAUCUCCACAUCUGAGGUCGGGGACACAGAGGACGCCCUCCAGCAGGUGGAGGAAAUCGGCCUGGAGAAGGCGGCCAUGGACAUGACAGUCUUCCUGAAGCUGCAGAAGAGAGUGCGGGAGCUUGAGCAGGAGAGGAAGAAGCUGCAGGUGCAGCUGGACAAGAGAGAGCAGCAGGACAGCAAGAGAGCCCAGAUGGAACCAGCAAAGAAUGACAUUGAUUUGGACCAGGAUGCAGAUCUAGCCUACAAUACACUGAAGAGGCAAGAGCUGGAGUCAGAAAAUAAGAAGCUGAAGAAUGACCUGAAUGAGCUGAGGAAGGCCGUGGCCGACCAGGCCACCCAGAACAACUCCACCCACAGCUCCCCGGACAGCUACAGCCUCCUGCUAAACCAGCUCAAGCUGGCCAACGAGGAGCUCGAGGUUCGCAAGGAGGAGGUGCUCAUCCUGAGGACCCAGAUCGUCAGCACUGACCAGCGCCGACUCGCGGGCAAGAGCACGGAGCCGAACAUUAAUGCCAGAACAAGUUGGCCUAACAGUGAAAAGCAUGUAGAUCAGGAAGACGCCAUUGAGGCCUAUCAUGGGGUCUGCCAGACAAACAGCAAGACUGAGGAUUGGGGCUAUUUGAAUGAAGAUGGAGAGCUCGGCUUGGCCUACCAAGGCCUAAAGCAAGUUGCCAGGUUGCUGGAGGCCCAGCUGCAGGCCCAGAGCCGGGCCCAUGAGGCGGAGGCAGAGUGUCUCAGGGCCCAGGUGGAGGCCCUGAAGGAGGAGAUGGACCGGCAGCAGCAGACCUUCUCCCAGACACUGCUGCUCUCCCCGGAGGCCCAGGUGGAACUCGGUGUCCAGCAGGAGAUGUCCCGGCUGACCAAUGAGAACCUGGACCUUAAAGAACUGGUAGAAAAGCUGGAAAAGAAUGAGAAGAAACUCAAAAAACAACUGAAGAUUCACAUGAAGAAAGUCCAGGACCUAGAAGCUGCCCAGACACUAGCCCAGAACGGGCAGAGGCGCCAUGAGCUCAACAGGCAGGUCACCGUGCAGCGGAAAGAGAAGGACUUCCAGGGCAUGCUGGAGUACCACAAGGAAGACGAGGCCCUUCUCAUUCGGAAUCUGGUGACAGAGCUGAAGCCUCAGGCACUGGUGGGCACAGUGCCAUGUCUUCCUGCUUACAUCCUCUACAUGUGCAUCAGGCACGCUGAUUACGUCAACGACGACCUCAAGGUGCACUCCUUGCUGACCUCCUCCAUCAACGGCAUUAAGAAGGUCCUCAAGAAGCACAAUGACGACUUUGAGAUGACAUCAUUCUGGCUAUCCAAUACCUGCCGCCUGCUUCAUUGUUUGAAGCAGUACAGUGGGGAUGAGGGCUUCAUGACUCAGAACACCGCCAAGCAGAAUGAGCACUGUCUUAAGAACUUUGACCUCACUGAAUACCGUCAGGUGCUGAGUGACCUUUCCAUUCAGAUCUACCAGCAGCUCAUUAAAAUCGCCGAGGGAGUGUUGCAGCCCAUGAUAGUCUCAGCCAUGUUGGAAAAUGAGAGCAUUCAGGGUCUAUCUGGUGUGAAGCCGACGGGCUACCGGAAGCGCUCCUCCAGCAUGGCAGAUGGGGACAACUCAUACUGCCUGGAAGCCAUCAUCCGCCAGAUGAAUUCCUUUCACACAGUCCUGUGCGACCAGGGUCUGGACCCCGAGAUCAUCCAGCAGGUGUUCAAACAGCUCUUCUACAUGAUCACUGCGGUGACGCUCAACAACCUGCUCCUGCGGAAGGACGUCUGCUCCUGGAGCACAGGCAUGCAGCUCAGGUACAAUAUAAGUCAACUUGAGGAGUGGCUUCGAGGAAGAAACCUUCACCAGAGUGGAGCAGUUCAAACCAUGGAACCUCUGAUCCAGGCAGCCCAGCUCCUGCAGUUAAAGAAGAAAACCACUGAGGACGCCGAGGCCAUCUGCUCCCUGUGCACCUCCCUCAGCACCCAGCAGAUUAUCAAGAUUUUAAACCUUUAUACUCCCUUGAAUGAGUUUGAAGAACGUGUAACAGUGAGCUUUAUACGAACAAUCCAGGCACAACUACAAGAGCGAAAUGACCCUCAGCAACUGCUGUUAGACUACAAGCACAUGUUUCCUGUUUUGUUCCCAUUUAAUCCAUCUGCUCUGACUAUGGACUCAAUCCACAUCCCAGCGUGUCUCAAUCUGGAGUUUCUCAAUGAAGUCUGAAAAUGCACAUUUCCAACUUUGGCUCGAUUGCCAGUGAGAACAAGAAAGUAGUAUACAGUAAAGUGUUCUAAGGAUCUGUUCAAUCUGUAAAAGUGGAUCAAAUCAGAGAGAGGGUGUGAAGAGUGCUGAACUAUACAGAAUAAGAACAUAUCUGUCAUUAUUUUUUGUACCUACUGCUCAGAAUAAAAACACUUGAAAUAUGGAAGGUUUUUUUAAAGUAUGAUUUUAGUAUAAACAAGUACAUAUUAUAAUCUACAUCACCAAGUAGUCCUCAUGGCCAUAUAAAAGGUGCCAAGCUAGAAAAUGGAAACUGACUAGUUUUGAUCGUUGCAUAUAACUGGAGAAUGUCCAAAAUAAAAUAUUAAAAAUAUGUAUAAGUCACAUAAAUUGCCUUCAGAGACCCUUAAAUAAUGGUACUAAAAACCAUAACACUAUCAUACAGUGUGACAUUUUCCCAGAUCGACAAACUAUAGGUAUGAAUGAGUUUGUGAGGAAGUGUUUUGAGAGAAGAAUACAAGCCUGGGCCUUCUGAGAAGUUCCCCAAAGAUAUUUUUUAAUGCCUGGUGAUGCAGAGACAAUGGUGUAAUUGACCUCCAGACCAAUUUUGAGUAUUGGUUUCUGAAGCAAAACUAAUGACACAGUUCUUAUGUGCUCACUUUUGUGCAGCCUUGAGUUGAUGGAAGUUAUGCUAAAAAGGUGGCUGUCCCAAACUAAAAAUGUGAGCAAGACAUUUCCAAUGCUAGUCCAUGCACUUAUUGAGUCAACAAAAAAUCUAUAUAAGCUAAAAGUUAGAGAAGAGUAACGACUUGUUUUAUUCACAGAUUAAGAACUAAGUAAAUCAGUACAAAAGCCUUUAAUCCCUUAAUGCCAUUAAACCUCCAGUAAGAAUAUCACAUAAUGCACUGGUUAUUCCAGAAACCAAAAUAAUAAAGGAAAACAACCCACCUUGAGCAUCAGAUUUCAAAAACCCUUCUAAAAGACAGUUUCAGGGAUUAAGUUAUUAUCCAGAAGAUUUUGUGGUGUGGUGUGUGUGUGUGCUUUUAAAAGAAAGAAAAACUUAUGUCCUUUCUUCAUGUUAUUUUCAACAUUUUUCAAAUUUAUCACAUAAAAAUCGUAAAUAUCUCUGCUUUGAAAUAAAGAUUAAAAGUAUUUGGUGAUAAUAUUACAACAGAUUUUUUAUGUUUGCUGCUUUCACAAAUUUUUCUUCAUAUCUUCAAAAGCAGGCACUCAGUUAGAAAACCCUACAUAUUCUUUACACCCUUGCUUUACUAUUUUUUCCAUACUUCUGGUAGAUAACAGUAUCCUGUUUCCAUGACAAGAACCGAUGGUGUUUGCAAAUCUUAGAGCCUCUAUAUCAAGAUUUCUCCAUGAAAUACACACAGAACACCCUGCCACACAUCCCCCCCACCCACACACCUUCUCUUAUGUAGCUGCUCAACUUGAAAGGCUCUUGGAAACACACCAAGCCCUAAACAAUCUGUGUACUAUGCCCUUACGGCUCAGCUUCCUGGAUCAUUCUCCUUGCCCACCAGGCAGAACAAGACAGCACCUGGGAGAAGACUGCUGACCACCGUGUCCAAAUCUGUCAUUGGCAUUAUCCCUCCACCUCCACCUGAAACAUCCUGGCUGCUCUUGGGUGUCUACACAGAGCUGUGCCUUCUUUCCCAGUUACAGUGACAUAAUCUGACAUCCAUGACACACCCCCUUCAACCCAUACACUGCACGUUUGGAAGGCCAGUCAAAACAAUUGGGUCCUUGGCUCCCUCUUUAAAAUUGUUUAUUAAGUAUAAUUACUUUUUAUUGCACUGCUGUAGUUUAAAACAGUCUCUCAUAUACUGUCCUUAAUCUUCAAGAUAACCAAAAAUGCCUUGUCAGUGUUAAGGAGUUGGAAAGCAGUGACUCCAUAUGUGUGACCGUUUACUGUCCUUGCAUCCUGUCUGAUACCCUCCUUCUCUCCAUCUCUUUGGGUCACUACCUCUCUGCUGUCACUGGUUAAUCACCAGGUCCCAAGGACUCACUGAAUAAAAGCUUGGCAAUUACAAGUGGGAAACUUAUAGUCCUAAGAAAUUGCAAAUUUAGUUCUUUUCUUCCAAAAUAUAAAGGUAUUUCACUGGAACUAUACUUAAUUUAUAUAUACUUAAAAACAAAUAGUCUUUUAUAGACCACUAACAAGAAACAUAGUAAUUGGUUACUUAAGGUUUAGAUCUGUCCUACUUAACAUAACACUUAGAGACUGAAAGAAGCAUCUUUAGGGAAACUUUAAUAAUCUUUUGUUAGCAUUUAUAUUUUGCAUUUUUUAAAGUCAGUUCAACUCAAACUUUUUCCAACUUCAUGAAAUCAAUUCUUAAUUUAAAUAACUUAGUUCAACAUAAAGGUUUGAACUCUGCUCUAGAGAUCUAUCUAUUUUUUAAUAUUUAUAGUUCAGUUGACACUUUCACUAUGUGCCUUUAGCAGUUACUAAGAUAACCGACUUAACACUUAGUUCUCUGAAAUCAGUGUUGCUGUGGGAAGAAUUUUAAUGCUCGACAUAAAUAACAUCAUGGUGGAGUUUUGUCUUUGAAACAGAAGCAUUUUAAAGAUUACUUAAGAAUCAAGGACAUAUAAACAAUUUGUGUUUUAAGUAUUAUGUGGGACCUACCUGUUUACUAUUGCAAUGUGCGUUAUGUACGUAAUAAUUGAAGCUGACAGGCAUAUUCCUGGCAUGCAUUCUCCCUGGGCCAUCAGACCCGGGUUACAUUUAUGGGCUUGGCAAGCAGAUUAGACCCAAAGGAAAAGACUUUUCCCCCUUUUCAUUGAGCAUGUCAAUAGGAGUUUCUUCUCGAUUUUCCUAUACUAAAUUUUAAGGCUUUUGUAAACAAAAGACAAAACUAGGAACUUGGAAAACAGAAAAAUAACAGUGCUACCAUCAAUUCAUCAAAUAUUUACUUAGAGCAUUCAAUAAUGCAUUUAGAUUAUAGUAACAAAUAAAUUAGAAUCAAUUUCUUUGGCAUACAGUAAAUCUAUUGUUUUCAUACAGUUGACCUAAUUCUAAGGCAACAAGGGUGUCCUAAAUCCAAGCCCUUUUUUAAUGCCUGUAUGAUUGAACAGUUAUUAAAAUGUGACAGCAUGGGAGGGACCCUGUGUUUUUCCUCAUCAAGUUAAUUUGCUGCAUGAGCCAAAUAGCCAUACUUACUUUUUCUACACACGUGUGCCAUAAUUAGAGUUAGGGGGUAAUUAGAAAAACAGAGGUUGAUGCCAAUGACAAUAAGACAUAAGACAAUUUUCUCUCAUAAGGUCAUUAGAUACUAAAGACUGUUUUUCCUAAAAAACAAAUUUCUAAUUCUGAUCAAGGGGAUCAAUCAGAAAUGAAUUCAGCUACUUUCUUAAGUGAUACUGUAUCAGAAUAAUCCAGAUCUGGAUACAACACUUUGCUACCAAGUGAUGUUUAGAUGAAGGACUGCCUGUCUGACAGGGUUCACAUAUUCAGGGGUGAAUCUAACAUUGCAGGAGAAAUACUAAUAAAAAAUAUUUUUCCAUUUUGAACAAAUCUGUAAACUACACCUUUGUUUAUGGAAAAAUGCUUGUACUAGUCACUGUAAUAUUCAGCUAUGGAUAAAAAAUUUGUGGAAAUAAAUACUUUUGAAUAAA